GACCGUAGUUUAAAAGUUAUCUCCAUACAUACUAGUUAGGUUCAUGCCCUAACGUCCCAACCCUCCAACAGAGCUUUCAACUCCACAAAAAUGGCCUGCACUAGUGGUUCAGGCUGCCAAUCAAACUGCUACAAAAACGAAGAAGAUGAUCACGAACGAGGAGUAGUACCACCUCCAACACCACCGACCAAUACCACUAAAUCAGCCGCCGCCGCCGCUGCCCAACCCAAUCCAAUUGCAAACGGUAAUCACCAUGGUCUCUGCCUCAAGUGCAAGGCCAACCGGCCUAUAUCAUCAGAAUCCUCCGCCUCCGGCGAUGACGCCAGGUUCUGCGGUGACUGCUUUCGAAGCAAUCUGUUUGGAAAGUUUCGGCUGGCUGUCACCUCCAACGCCAUGAUUUCGCCCACUGAUAAGGUCCUUGUUGCCUUCUCCGGUGGCCCUUCUUCCAGGGUUGCUUUACAAUUCGUACAUGAGUUGCAGUACAAAGCACAGCAGAAUUUUGAUGCAAGUAGGGAUAGAUCAUUGCCGGUCUUUGGUGUGGGAGUUGCUUUUAUUGAUGAAAGUGUUGCUUGGUCUGUUCCUUCUUAUGAAGUUAUUGAAGGAAUCGAAGAGAUCGGACAGAUUGUGUCAAGUUUAGCCCCGCCAACCAAAGAAUUAUUUGUUUUCCCAAUUGAAAGUCUCUUCUCAUCCGAAUCUACUGAUGGAAAGGACCAACUGAGUAAAUUGUUAGAUGGUGUUACUGAUACCACUGGUAAAGAAGAUCUUUUGAUUCAUCUUAGGAUGUUGUGCUUGCAAAAGAUUGCUGCUGAAAAUGGAUACAACAGACUUGUGCUAGGUUCAUGCACAUCAAGGAUAGCUUCCCAUGUUCUUACAGCCACAGUCAAGGGGAAAGGAUAUUCCUUACCAGCAGAUAUUCAGUAUGUUGAUGCAAGGUGGAAUGUCCCUGUAGUGCUUCCACUUCGAGAUUGUCUAUUAGAUGAGCUUAACAUGCUUUGUGACCUUGAUGGCCUAAAGACUAUUGAGUUGAUUAGAAGUCCUUGCUCUGGAAUCAAUAGCUUGGUCUCGUCAUUUGUGAAGUUGUUACAGGAGGAAAAUCCUUCUCGGCAAAGCACGAUUGUCAGAACAGCUGGAAAGCUCACUCCAUUUGAUUUCAACAGGAUUCCUGAGAUCAUCGACACUAAUGUUCCUUUGGCCACCCGAAGGCGUCAGAAGAGAUAUAAUCUUAAGCCUAAUGAAUCAAUUUCCUCAGAAUCAUUCUGCCCUAUCUGCAAUAGCCCACUCAGCAAAUCUGAGCUGCUAAGCUCCACUGAUGUGGGUGUGGGAGACUCGCACAAAAAUUCUCAUCUUUUUAGUGUCGAAUGCUGCUCGAGUUGUCAGUUUCAGAUUCUUCCUAAAGAUCCCAUAUCUAAGGACAACUUCUACAUGCUUUUACCGCAGCCAUUAGUUUCAAAAGCCAAGCAUAGCAGCAAAUUGGGCAAUCUCAGUAUUCUAAGAGAACAAAUACAAGAUUGCUUGCUUUCAGACAGUGAGGAUGAAACAUAAUAUUCAUUGCUUGGCAUUAAAGUUUUGAUCGAAAUCAAGGUUGCACUUUGAAAAAUAUUUGGAGACUUGGACAAGUAAUAUGUUUAGCAAAAUUCAAAAUUUAUAUAUUUUUUAUUUAACGACA